GGUUUUUGUGCAACUUUUUAUUUUUUUAAAACGCUUUCGGAGGGUGCACAGGAUCUGGGACCUGAGGCGCGUGCGGAUCUAGGGGGAAGAAAGGCGGUGUAGAACAGCGGCAGCAGUUAUGGAGUCUUUAGUGGGUCUGGUGGUGUGUUCACUGCUCCUGGCUGUGCAGGGCCUCUACUCACCCAGCGACGACGUGGUGGAGCUAAAUGCGUCUAACUUCAACCAUGAAGUCAUGCAGAGCGACAGCCUCUGGCUUAUCGAGUUCUACGCCCCCUGGUGUGGUCACUGCCAGAGGCUGACUCCCGAUUGGAAGAAGGCUGCCACUGCUUUGAAUGGCGUGGUGAAGGUGGGUGCAGUGGAUGCUGACCAGCAUAAGAGUCUCGCCGGCCAGUAUGGCAUCCGGGGGUUCCCCACCAUCAAGAUCUUCGGCGCCAACAAAAACAAGCCAGAGGAAUACCAAGGCGGUCGCACCAGCCAGGCCAUCGUGGAGGCGGCUUUGAGUGCCGUACGCUCUCUGGUCAAAGACCGCAUGGCGGGGAAGACGGGAGGCUCAGACCACGGGCGGCAGAGUGGCGGCGGUGGCAGCGGGAGUGGCAGCGGGAGCAAGAAGGACGUGAUGGAAUUGACGGACGACAACUUUGACCAGCUGGUGUUGGCCAGCGAGGAGGUGUGGAUGGUGGAGUUCUUUGCUCCCUGGUGUGGCCAUUGCAAGAAUCUGGAGCCCGAGUGGGCUGCCGCAGCCACGGACGUCAGAGAGCAGACCAAGGGCAAAGUUCGCCUGGGAGCUGUAGAUGCCACCGUUCACCAGGGACUGUCCAGUCGUUACGGGAUCCGCGGCUUCCCUACUAUCAAAAUCUUCCGCAAGGGCGAAGAGCCAGAAGACUACAAUGGCGGUCGGUCCCGAGCCGAAAUCGUGUCUCGGGCCGUGGACCUCUACUCUGAUAACGCACCCCCACCGGAGCUGCUGGAGAUCCUUAGUGAGGACACCCUUAAGAAGACCUGUGAGGACUAUCAGCUCUGCAUCAUCGCUGUGCUGCCUCACAUACUGGACACUGGUGCUGCUGGUAGGAACGGCUACCUGGAGGUGAUGAUGAAGAUGGCAGAGAAGUACAAGAAGAAGAUGUGGGGGUGGCUGUGGACAGAGGCUGGAGCACAGAUGGAGCUGGAGUCCGCUUUGGGCAUCGGCGGCUUCGGAUAUCCCGCCAUGGCGGCCAUCAACGCCCGCAAGAUGAAGUUCGCCCUGCUUAAGGGCUCCUUCAGCGAGACGGGCAUCCACGAGUUCCUCAGGGACCUGUCGAUGGGGCGGGGCUCUACAGCCACAGUUGGAGGUGGAGGACUUCCCAAAAUUCACACCGUCCAGCCCUGGGAUGGCAAGGAUGGGGAGCUGCCCACGGAGGAUGACAUCGACCUCAGCGACGUGGAGCUGGAUGACUUUGAGAAAGACGAGUUGUGAGUUCAGCACUGUGGCCGUGCGGCCUGUUCCUCCUCUCCCGUGGACGAGAAGAAACCAGGAUUUUUUUGUUUUUCUUAAAUACUGUACUUCGCAAACAAAAGUAUAAAUUAAAGCCCCCCCCCUUUUUUUUUCUUUGCGGCCCGCUGCCCUAAACGUGGCAUGUGGGGAGUAGCGGCAGCUCUGAGAUGCGAGGUUUUUGCCUGAGCUCCUCCAGCCCCCACAGUGGUUUCUGAUUAUGAACAGUGGGGGACAGACUCCCUAUUUUGAAUACCAGAUGGUUGGGUCAGCUUGCGAUGCCAUUGGUCAGCUGCUGCCCCUCCCCAGCCACGCCUGCCAAUCCAGUACAGAGGACAUUAUUCUGAAUGAUUGGCUGUGCUCAGCUGUUACUGACAGUCUGCUGUACUUGUGUUGAGUUAAUACCCAACUUGAGAAUGUCUUACGAUGUGUGAUUGUUAAGCGAAGAGGAAAUGAAUAGGCGACCUUGUAUAUUUUUCUUACAAUGCAAUUUUAUUUUAAAUGUUGGGUAAACCUUUUUUCCCCUGGAAAAAAACAAAAAAAUAAUAAAAAUGAACUUGUC